AUGGAAAUGGCGGUAGCGGUGGUCGCGGUGGUGACCGUGACCGUGGCAGACGCGGUGGCUGGAGACCCAGAAGAGGAGCUAGACGCGUCGAGAUCGAAUGGCAACAGAGGAUUCGGCGGCGCCACUACCGUGUUACACCGCCAGCAGUAUCAGCGCCAGAGUCAGAACUACCAAGGCCACCAUUACCAAGAUCACCAUCACCAAGAUCACCACAACCACAGCCAGCAGAACCAAGACCAGCAGCACCAAGACCAGCAGCACCAAGACCAGCAGCAGCAGCAGGCCCAACAGCAGCAGGCCCAACAGCAAGCGCAGGAGUAUUCGGAGCUGCAAGAACAGCAGGAGCAGCAGCAGAGACAGGAAGGACAGUAG